AUGCAGAGACUGAUCCAGCUAGGCGCCAAGUACAUCGUUGUGGCAGAUGUCUUCCCGACUGGCUGCAUACCACCAAUUCUCACAAUGCUUGCUAGCCCAAACAAGGUGAAGUAUGAUCGACGUGGAUGCCUGAAGAGUGGGAACAGGAUGGGGCACUCCCAGAACUCUCUCCUCCGCCAGUGGAUCAAGGUGCUCUGGCACAAGUACCCACAUAUGAAGAUCAUUGCCGCCGAGUACUACCGACCCAUCCUAGCUUUUCUAGAUAUGCCGGGGAAAUUUGGAUUGAACAGCAGCACAACCCUCCUCAUCUGUUAUGGUGCAGGAGGCCCUCCUCAUAACUAUGACUUCAACGCAGGGUGCGGCAUGCCGGGUGUGAAGGCGUGUGCAGAUUCAUCUCAGACGCUUCAGUGGGAUGGUUUCCACCUGACGGAGUCCGCCUAUAGGGCCAUCGCCAAUGGAUGGCUCCAUGGCCCCUACGCGGAUCCACCAAUAAUGCACGUUGUAGGCUAG